AUGCAUCUAUCCACCUGUGCCAAGCCAAGGCACAGCUCCCCCGUCUCUUCCCGCACGCUAACUCAACCUUUCCGUUAUAUUGACUUCAACGGCCUGCACGUCGUUCAAACUGUGUGCACAUGUUGUAUAACUUUAUGUGAAAGACACCGUUUGGAUAAAUUUGGGAAGCUUGCCAACAUGACUGCAAACAGCACAGCGGAUGUCGACUUCUGCACCCUUGGCAUGUUCAUCAUCGAUGAAAUCGAAUUCCCCCCUCCCAAGCCACCUGUCAAGGAUAUCCUCGGUGGUGCUGGCUCCUACUCGGCACUGGGCGCACGUCUAUUCUCCCCACCUCCGAGAUCCAAAUCGGUGGGGUGGGUCGUGGAUUGCGGCUCCGACUUCCCGGGCGAGCUCAGAGAGACUAUUGCCGCAUGGGAUACUGGCGUAGUGCUCCGCGAGACCCCUGAACGCCUGACGACAAGAGGCUGGAAUGGCUAUGGCGACAAUGAACAUCGAGCUUUUCGAUAUACGACUCCCAAGCUUCGUUUGGAUCACCAUGCUCUGGCCGAUACGCCCCUCCUUUGGUCCAAGUCAUUCCACCUGAUCUGCUCCCCAUUGCGAUGCAUUGAUUUGGUGGUAAACAUUCUUGCUUUGCGCCAAACGGCAAUAUCUGAAGAUCCCCAGCCUCGCCCACUCUUCAUUUGGGAGCCGGUCCCUGACCUGUGCGUACCAGAUGAGUUGGAAAAUUGCCUCAAGGCAUUACCGUUCAUCGACGUCAUCAGUCCAAACAAUUCGGAGCUCGGUGGAUUCUUCGGCGCAAGCACUGACCUAAAAGAUCAUGUCAACCAUCGAAAGAUUGAAGCAUUGUGUCAGGAAUGGUUAGAUAGUGGCAUCGGUCAAAAUGGGAAAGGAGGAGUAGUCGUUCGCGCGGGUAAAGAUGGAUGUUUCCUUGCCUGUCGCGAGUUCCGCAAGUGGCUGCCCGCCUAUCAUCAGUCAGGCGACUCGGUAGUCGACCCUACUGGAGGCGGAAAUGGCUUCCUGGGAGGUUUAGCAAUGGGGCUGGUGAAAGGUGGUGUGAGCAAUCUGGAAGAAGCUGCGGUUUGGGGCUCAGUGUCGGCCAGUUUUGCAAUUGAACAGAUUGGCGUGCCUGUGCUGGGUCGCGACGACAAGGGCGAGACGUGGAACGGCGUGCAUGUCGAAGAUAGAGUGUUACAAUUCAAAGAAAGGCUGGUUACGUAUGUACAGCCAUGA